AUGACCAUCACGUACGGCACCAUCGGUACCAACUGGAUCACCGACUCCUGGAUCUUGGCCGCACAGAGAGCAGGGAAAUGGCAGCUCCACGCAGUCUACUCCCGGACACACGAGCAAGCCGAGGCAUUUGGCAAGAAGCACAACUGUUCCAAGCUAUACACCUCUCUCGAUGACCUCGCGGCCGACAAGGACAUGCAAGCCGUCUACAUCGCUUCUCCGAACAACCUCCAUCAUGAACAAGCCAAGCAGAUGCUCAAGGCGAAGAAACACGUCAUCGUAGAAAAGCCUGCCACUUCUACAGUCGCCGAGUUGGAUGAUUUGUUUCGAAUAGCGAAAGAGGAGGGAGUCUAUGUGAUCGAAGCAUACAGGCAUAUCCAAGAGGCGAACUACAAGCUCUUGAAGAAGUUGGUCAACCAGGACAAGAGGCUAGGUCCUAUACACGGCGCAAGUUUCCAGGUGGGCACAUCACGAGAAUAGACGGAUGGACUCGAAGCUAACGUAUCGUCGCGUACAGUAUGCGUCUUACAGCAGCAGAUACAACAACGUCUUGGCCGGCGAGACACCCAACAUCUUCUCGCUAAACUUUUCUGGUGGCAGCCUGGUCGAUGUUGGCGUCUACCCGGUCACAUUCGCCGUCGCUCUCUUCGGCCUGCCUCAAUCGCAGACGUACGUCCCUUACAUCUGCAGGACUGGCGUCGAUGCGGGCGGCGUAGGCAUCCUCCAAUACGACGGCUUCGGUGUACAACUCAACAUCUCCAAGGGGUAUCAGAGCACUGCGCCCUGCGAAAUCUACGGCGAGAAGGGCACUCUCACGAUCAACUAUACUACAGACAUCAGCGCCCUCAAGCACUUCGAUCCGAAGACGAAGCACAGCGAAGAGCUAGCCGGUCCCUACAAGACCGUCGACAAGCCCAACGUCAACAUGGAAGAGGAAGCGGCCGAAUUCGCCCGCAUUCUGGAGGAGCAAGAUGUCACAGCACUGGCUGAGCUGGAGGAGAUUUCCCGCAAUGUCAUCAAAGUGACUUCGGAUAUGAGAAAGCAAGCUGGGAUCAUCUACCCUGCAGACACGCAGUAG